AUGAGAUUCUACAUUUGCCUGCUAUUGGUGAUUGCUUCCAAUAUGGCAGCCGCCACUGCCUUUUCGCCUUCUGCUGGGCACGACAAGACUACCAGCACGACGACGACCUCCUUGUCAUCCUACCUCGACAGCAUGAUGAAUCCCAACGGCGGCGCUACCCAACCAAAGCCCGCAUCUUAUGGAUUUUCGGGAAAGUCUUACACCAACGUUCCUUCAUCACCUUUUAACGGACAAGCAUCUACUGCAGUUGCUUCCGAGGAGGCUUCCGUCUCGUUUCCCUUUGCCAAGGCCGACUAUUUCGAUACCUCGUUUCUGGUGUCCAAGGGACCUCGUGCAACAUUUGAUUGGGGUGCCCCAGCCGAUGCCACCCGCAAACUAUGCGACGAUGGACUCUUGCGUGUAGGGGCUUGGUUUUGUACCAAUGGUGGAUGGGAAUCCCCCAACCCAAAGGCAGCGACCGAAGUCUUUUGGGUCUUGUCGGGACAUGGAAAAUUGACAGAUGCCGAUGGCGUGGAGCAUUACUUUGGACCAGGUGACAAUGUGAUUAUUCCCAAGGGACACACUGGACGAUGGGAUGUCUACGAACCUAUCCACAAGGUUUGGGCUGUCAAUGCCCAUGCUAAUAUUGAAGAGACUGGAUCUCCUGUUCGUGUUCAAGUCGAUCACUACCAUUCUUGGAAUGAAGAACUGCUAGCGGCAUUGCCUUUGGACAAUGAUGGAGCUGUCGUUGCUGAUCCUCUUUUUGGACCUUUCUUGCAAUCCAGUAAUGGCGCCGCCCCAUCCGCUAAGGUCUUUUACAAUGUGGGUCCUACUCAAGUUGGAGUCUGGAGUAGUCCUGCUGGAAGCACAUACCAAGUCCAACAAGGGGGACGUGCAUGGGUUUACUGUUUGGAGGGUGUCAUGUUUAUCACUAACGGUCAAACUGGGGAGGCUCGACGAUGCGAGGCAGGAGAUACCAUUGCUUUGCCCAAAGGAUGGUACGGAUAUGUGGAUGUGGUGGAGGGAACCAAGCAACUAUUCACCGUGGCAAAGUAA